GUGUUUAUCAUCGCCCCCUCACCACUUCCUCACACGAGAAAAACGAUAAACAAUAAUAAACCAAAAGAGAUGUCGUUUCGUCUCCUUUUACUUAAAAGGUAAGGGAAAUUGUCGAAAGCCACCGAGCCACGAUCCCCGCGAUCUCAGUUUAUUUUAAAGAAGAGUAUUUUAGAAAAAGGUAAUUAAAAGAUGAGUGAGGUUUUCGAAGGAUAUGAACGGCAGUAUUGCGAGCUAUCCGCGAAUCUUUCCAAGAAGUGUACGGCUUCUGGUGCUCUGAAUGGAGAGAAGAAGAAACAAAAACUUUCUGAAAUAAAAGCUGGACUAGAAGAUGCAGAAGCUCUGAUUCGGAAAAUGGACCUUGAGGCAAGAAGUUUGCAGCCAAAUGUUAAGGCUGUACUUCUUGCUAAAUUACGGGAAUAUAAGUCAGAUCUUAACAAUCUCAAAAGUGAAGUUAAAAGAAUUGCAUCUGGCAAUUUAAAUCCAGCUGCUCGAGAUGAGUUGUUGGAGUCUGGAAUGGCUGAUGCCCUCACGGCAUCAGCUGAUCAAAGAUCAAGAUUGAUGACAACUACGGAGCGGUUGAAUCAAAGCAGUGACAGAAUUAAGGACAGCAGAAGAACCAUGCUGGAAACUGAAGAGCUUGGUGUUUCAAUACUUCAAGAUUUGCAUUCUCAACGACAGUCUCUCUUACAUGCCAAUAACACGCUUCAUGGAGUGGAUGACAACAUCGGCAAGAGCAAGAGAAUUUUGACAAAUAUGUCGAGGAGGAUGAGCCGGAACAAGUGGAUCGUAGGUAUCAUUAUAUCACUCCUCAUCAUUGCUAUCAUCGUUAUUUUGUACUUCAAACUUGCUAAAUAAUCCCUAUUUGUUUUUAUCUUCAACUCUUGGUUUUUGGGUUUUCUUUGGAGAAGUUUUUUUUUUGUAUUUUGUUUCCCAUUUUCAGUGCCAAUUUGAAAUGUGUGCUUCAUAAACCCAAAGACACUGUAUUAUUCAUCGUUUCAAUUCUAUUUGAUGACUUUUAUGGUA